AUGAGUUUAGAAUGUCUGAAAGUCAUAAAGCAUCCAACAGAGUUGGAACUUCAGGCAGUCCAAGCAUUGCUAUGCUUAAGUGAUUGGCUGUCAGACUUCUUUGAUGCAGGGGUUUUCACAAUCAAAUUGGAGAAUAUGGAAGAUAGAAAAUACAAUCAAAGCAGCUUGGAAUAUUGGGAUGAAAAAACCCUUUUAAUCAUUAGCAGUGCAAUUGGAACUCCAGUGAAAGUUGAUGAAGUCACUCUGAACUAUGAGAAUGGUCUUUAUGCAAGAGUUCUGGUGGAAAUUGAUUUGGCAGAAAAGGUCCCUCAUAAACUUUGGAUUAAAACCAAAUAUGGAGGUUUUAUGCAGAGUGUUCUAAUUACAAAGCUUCCUAAAUUUUGUCCAAAUUGUCAAAUUAUUGGUCAUACUCAGCCAAAGUGCAGAGCAAAGAAGAAUUCAAAUCAAGAAGAAGGAGAAAAGCAGAAAGCAGGUAGUGUGACAACAACAAAUUUGAAUGUGACACCAACCAAAAUUAUGGAGAAAUUUGAUAUAUGUGAAACCCCAGUGACUCAGAUCAACAUUACUGAAGAAAGAGUUCAGAUCACAACAAGUAGCAUUCCAAGUGGUUCAGGAAAAUUUGGAUCUCUACAGAAUAUAACUGAAGAGGAGCACAAUAUCGGCAUGGGCAUAAUUAGUCCAGCUAAAGUUUUACAAAUAGUGGAAGACAAUUCUCUAGAUACAAGUGUGGUUAAGUAUGUCAAUGGGAAGAAUGGAUCAGUAUCUGAGGAAAGAAUCCCUACUACCUCUUGGUCCAAAGUAAUUGAAAAACCAAGUGCACCUGCACAAUCUAGAGCUCAAAUGAAGAAUGCAGAUCCUAAGAGAAGAUUUUUAUGGUCAGAGAUGGAAAUGAUUAGUGAGUUGAAGAUGCCAUGGCUAAUUCUUGUAGAUUUCAAUGUUAUCACUUGUGCAGAAGAGAAAAUUUGUGGAAAAGCUCCAAAUAAAAGGUCAAUGUUGGAUUUCAGCAAUUGCAUUGAUGAUUGUGGAUUAAUUCAAGCACCAAAAUCAGGACUACAACAUUCAUGGUCAAAUGGUCAGCAUGGCAAUAAAAGGAUACUUUGCAGCUUGGACAAAGCAAUGUUCAACCAAUUAUGGUUACAGAAUUAUGCAGAUUGGGGUUUCAAGAUUAGGUUAAGAAUUGCUUCAGAUCAUGAUCCUAUAUUUGGUGGUUGUGCAAAUAUUCCAAAGCCAAAAAAAUCCCCCUACAAAUUUCAGAAAAUGUGGAUAUCUCAUCCUAAUUUCAUGGAGACCGUUCAAAAAAGUUGGUCAGAACCAAUUAUUAGAGAUCCUGCCUUUGUGUUUCAAACAAAAUUGAAGAGAAUACAAGUAGCAGAUUCAUUAUUAGAGGUUAUUCCAACAAAGAUUACUGAAGCAGAUCAAAAUAUGUUGGAUUCAGUUCCUGAUACAGAAGAGAUCAAAAACAUUGUUUACAGCAUGGAUCCUGAUAUCUCCCCAGACCCAGAUGGAUUCUUAUAG